AUGGUCCAAGCAGAAGCAGUAUAUGAAGAAAAGGAUUAUAGAAGAGUUAGAUUUGUUGGACGACAGAAGGAGGUGAACAAGAAUUUUGCGAUUGAUUUGAUAGCAGAGCAGCCUGUGAGUGAAGUUGAAAGCAGAGUGAUAUCAUGCGAUGGUGGUGGUGGAGCUUUGGGACAUCCUAAAGUAUACAUAAACUUGGACAAAGAUACAAAGACAGGAACAUGUGGCUACUGUGGACUUCAGUUUAAACAGAAACAUCACUGAAGGAUUAUCCCUGCGUGCUUGCAGAUUUCUCUUCAGAUGUUAACGUUUAACUAUAAAUAAACAAUAUAUUUAGAAAC